AUGAAAUCCAACUUCGCCAACCAGUUCAACUCGAACGGUAUGAUGAUCCAGCCGUCGCAGCUGGACGACACUGCAAUGUUUUACGGUGCGUCCAACUCGUCCUACAGUAACUGGCCGUCCAGCCAUAACCGCAUGUGCGAACAGUUUUCGACCGUGUCGCGCAACAUGGCCUGGAGCUGGAAGCCCCCGGCCGUACAGUGCAUAAUCGGCACCAACCCGCCGCCGCUCAGUCGUCUGAAUACCACGUCGAACAGCUCAUCCGGAUCCAGCGGGGGAUUUAGCUUCUUCAACCCGAGCGUCAACUAUCCGUACGCCAUGCCUGCACCAUCGUACACCCAAGUGAUAGGCUGCGGAAGAGAGCAAAGUCCGAUCGCCAUACCGCGGAUGAAACAGCUGUCCCAGGGAAUGACCCCACCAACCAUGUUCAACGGGGUCAACACCUACGCCACGUGUCAGUACAACAACACCCACACAUUCAAUUCACCCAUUCUGUAA